AUGAUGCGUCUUGUCUCCAGCUUGCUUGCUGCUUGCCUUGUCCUGCUUUCGACUUAUGGCACCUUUGCCAAGGCCGAUCCUGCCUCGGCCGAGCUUUACAUGGGUGGCAAAUGGUUCUUUGCACACUCUCCCAAGCCCUAUGCAAGUAAUAGCCUCGGCCUGCAUUUCCUCACCUGCACCUGCUUGCGCGACUACGUCUGCUCGAGCACGCAGGACAGCGUUGCAGGCAUCGCCAUCGAUACUGUCAAGGGGUCACCUGUCCUCCUCGACAGCGGCGCCUACAUGACUUGUGUUGUCGAGGGCAACGGUGGUGUCUACUCGCCUAACUGCUCGCCCAAAUUCAGUCUAGUUGCCAACUGCAUCGACUCGUUGACUUGA